AUGGCUGGAGCAGGUGGUGGUGGUGACGAGUAUCAUCAGUUGGACGGAGCUCAACGUCUGUUACUGGAUGCGAUGAAUGCACAGAUGCAACGUUUGUUGGACCGUACCAAUGAGGAGGUCUAUGGGCGACUAAAAGCUUUGGAGAACCAAGCCAAUCAGAAUGCUAGACGAAAUAUAGAUGGGAAUAGAGGCAGAAGUGAUCCAGAUGCCUACCUAGACUGGGAAAUGAAGACUGAGCUCAUAUUUGCCUGCAAUGACUACACUGAUGCGCAGAAAGUCAAGCUAGCAGCAGCUGAAUUCUCCGACUAUGCCCUUGUUUGGUGGCAUAAAUACCAGAGAGAAAUGUUGAGAGAGGAACGGCGAGAGGUAGAUACAUGGACUAAGAUGAAAAGGGUGAUGAGAAAAAGGUAUGUGCCCACUAGCUAUAACAGAACCAUGCGACAGAAACUCCAAGGGCUGUCCCAAGGGAAUUUAACCGUGGAAGAAUAUUAUAAAGAGAUGGAAAUGGCGUUAGUGAGGGCCAACAUCGAAGAGGACUCCGAAGACACAAUGGCUCGUUUCCUGAAUGGUCUAAACCCUGAAAUCAGAGAUGUUGUUGAAUUACAGGAGUAUGUGGCGUUGGAUAACUUGCUACAUAGGGCGCUCCGGGUUGAACAACAAAUUAAAAGAAAAAAUGCAACAAGGAGGAACUCACCCAAUACUUAUAACCAAAACUGGGCCAACAGAUCCAAGAAGGAGGGAGGUAAUUCGUUCCGACUUGUAGCCACAUCCCCGCAUGGAAAGAGGACCAUGAUCAUGAAGGCUAAUGGAGAAAUCACUGGUGAGUCUAAAAUCAGUGAAGAAGAAGUGGAAGAAGAAGAGUAUGAGGAGGAAGCUAUGCAGGGUGAUAUGUUGAUGGUGAGAAGGCUGUUGGGAAAUCAAAUAGGAAGUUGUACCAAUGUUGCAAGUUCCACAUUAGUGACCAAACUGAAUUUGGAAACUAAGCCCCAUCCUAUACCAUACAAACUUCAGUGGCUUAGUGAAGAUGAAGAGGUAAAAGUGACUCAACAGGUUGAGUAUGAUACCAAGGCAGUGCAUGAUGGCUUCACCAACAAAAUCUCUUUCAAGCAAGUUGACAAGAAGAUUGUUCUCAAACCGUUAUCUCCUCAAGAGGAUUUUGAUGAUGUGUUUCCAGCAAGUGUACCGGAUGGUUUGCCACUAUUGAGGGGAAUUGAGCAUCACAUUGAUCUCAUUCCAGGAGCGUCCUUGCCCAAUCGGCCAGCUUAUAGGAGCAACCCACAAGAAACUAAGGAGAUCGAAAGUGCUGAGGGAGUACGGGUGGAUGUGGAAAAGGAUUUUAGUACAUUGGCUGCACCUCUAACUGAAGUUGUUAAGAAGAAUGUGGGUUUCAAAUGGGGUAAGAAACAAGAAGAGGCCUUUGCUGCCCUCAAACAUAGGGCUUUACAAACUUGGCAGCAUUACCUAUUACCCAAAGAGUUUGUCAUCCAUAGUGAUCACGAGUCCUUAAAAUACUUAAAAGGCCAAGGAAAGAUUAAUAAGAGGCAUGCAAAGUGGGUAGAGUUUUUAGAGCAAUUUCCAUAUGUCAUCAAACAUAAAAAGGGGAAAGGUAAUGUAGUGGUUGAUGCACUGUCUAGGAGACAUGCUUUACUUGCUAUGCUUGAAACUAAAUUGUUUGGUCUCGAGUCUUUGAAAGACAUGUAUGUGCAUGAUGUGGACUUUGCUGAAAUUUUUGCUGCAUGUGAAAAGUUUUCUGAAAAUGGUUACUAUAGGCAUAAUGGAUUCUUGUUUAAAGCAAAUAAAUUGUGUGUGCCUAAGUGUUCCAUUAGAGAGUUGCUUGUGAGUGAAUCACAUGAGGAGGGGUUGAUGGGACACUUUGGGGUUCAAAAGACCCUGGAAAUUCUGCAAGAGCAUUUCUUUUGGCCUCAUAUGAGGCGUGAUGUGCAUAAGUUUUGUGGCCAUUGCAUUGUGUGUAAACAAGCUAAAUCUAAGGUUAAACCUCAUGGAUUGUUUUCUAAGAUGGCACACUUCAUCCCUUGCAAGAAAGUGGAUGACACUUGUCAUGUGGCUGAUUUGUUUUUCAAAGAAAUAGUGCGGCUUCAUGGAUUACCGAGGAGCAUUGUCAGUGAUAGGGAUGCAAAUUUCCUUAGUCACUUUUGGAGGACCUUGUGGGGUAAGAUUGGUACUAAAUUGUUGUUUUCUACUACUUGUCACCCACAAACUAAUGGUCAAACUGAGGUAGUCAAUAGGACUUUAGGCACACUGCUUAGGAUUGUUUUAAAGAAAAAUCUUAAAUCUUGGGAAGCCUGUUUGCCUCAUGUUGAGUUUGCUUAUAAUCGGGCUGUCCAUAGCACAACUAAUUGUUCACCAUUUAAGAUAAUGUAUGGAUUUAAUCCUUUGACUCCUCUUGAUUUGUUGGCUAUGCCUAACAUUGCUAUGUUUAAGCAUAAGGAUGCACAGGCUAAAGCUGAGUAUGUGAAGAAGUUGCAAGAGCAAGUGAAGGCUCAACUUGAAAAGAAAAAUGCGAGCUAUGCAAGAUGGAGGGGCCUUGUAUUUGAGGACAAAUCCUUUUCAAGAAGGAGGGAGUGA